AUGGAAGAGGAAGAGGAUUUCAACGAGCAAACCGUGGUGGUGGAAGAGGAGGAAGAGGAUUCUCGAGAGGAAAUCAUCGUCCCAAUUUUAGUUCCAAUUGCUGGAGAUGUGGAAGCGUUUACCACCGAGCAUCUGAGUGAACAACAACAUCCGGGCCGAGGCUACUCACCAGUAGCGCCCAUCCAGCAACAACAUCCGGGCCGAGGCUACUCAACAGUAGCGCCCAUCCAGGAACAACAACAUCCGGGCCGAGGCUACUCACCAGUAGCGCCCAUCCAGCAACAACAUCCGGGCCGAGGCUACUCAACAAUAGCGCCCAUCCAGGAACAACAACAUCCGGGCCGAGGCUACUCACCAGUAGCGCCCAUCCAGCAUCAACAUCCGGGCCGAGGCUACUCAACAGUAGUGCCCAUCCAGCAACCACAGCUUCUGUGGCAUCCACAGUGA